GGAUAUUGGAAUUGGGUUUUGCACACAAUCAGCUAGCCUAAAUAAAAUGCCAGAUAGCUCGUGGGGUUAUAAUGGUUAUAAUGGAAAUUUAUUUUUUAACUCUGAUGGCAAGCCAUAUGGAUCAAAAUUUAUGGCUGGUGAUACUAUUGGAUGUAGUGUGAACUUUAGAAAUAAUACGGUACUUUAUACCAGAAACGGAGUGAAUCUUGGUAGCUAA